AUGCGACCCCAGAAGCUCCGAAAUGGCACCUUCAUCGUCGCAGGCACCGGCAAGCGUAGCCGCCGUCAAUUCUCCCUCCGCGGAUCAAGCAUCGAGAUACCGCAGCCCGAAGUGAAUGGAUACCGGUCCUUGCUGACCGCCGAGACCACGGGCGAAUCCAUCGAUGUGGUCAAACAUAAUAUCAAAACCACCGCACGCCACUUCUGGGCCUGGCUCAGGUCGCCGGCAGGGAAGGGUGUGCUAAAAUGCACCCUGGCGUACCUCCUGGGAAGCAUGGCGACGUUCCUCUCGCCCAUCUCGGCCUUUCUGGGCAAGCCCGAUGGAAAACACGUUGUCGCGACUUUGACGGUCUACUUCCACGCCAGUCGCACGUGGGGUUCCAUGGUCGAGGCCGUUGCCAUCGCCACUAUUGCCGUUCUAUACGCUGAGCUUGUAUCCGUGCUUGCAAUGGCUUUCUCUGUUGUUGUAGGAGGGCAGCUUGGGCUCAUACCACUUUCGCAUGUCCUCAUCCUCACCUUUUGCAUUGGCGGCGGUAUGGGCUUCAUCGGAUGGGUGAAGCAGAGGCUGAACAACCCCCUGGUCAACGUGGGCUGCACUCUUUCCUCGAUCGGCAUCAUAUCUGUUGUUACUAGAGAGGAGGCCAUCCAUGAAGGGCACUUUUCCGAGGCCAAGAUCGUGCAAGUUUUGAAGAUGUUGGUUAUGGGUAUCACGAUCACCGUGACAGUCAAUCUCUUGAUAUGGAGGGUAUCGGCGAGGGCGCUUCUGCGUGCUUCCGCGAACUCUGCUGCCGUAUCGCUCGCGGACAUGCUCUCCAUGAUCACUCGCGGCUUCUUGAACGGCUCCGAAAGCGAGAUCAUGUCGGGGGACUUCUCCCAGGUCGCGAGGCUGUACAAAACUACGUACGGUAAGAUGACGAAGAGCCUACGAGAGUCCAAGUUGGAGCACUGGGUAUUGGGUCGUGAGAAGAUUUACAACCUGGAAAAGGCCUUGGUGAAGUCACUGGAAUCUCUUUCGCAAGCUAUAGGAGGCUUGAGAAGUGCGGCCGACACGCAGUUCACUCUGCUCAAGGAGAUACCACAGGACCCCAUGGCUGGACAACUGUCUCCUGGAAACACAGUAUUCUCUCCAACGUUGUCCCGCGCCAUGUCCCAAUACCUCAAGGGUGCUCGGGACCGAUUUGCAAGCCUAGCGUCAAUUGAGGAGGACGACGAGAUUGACGAUGAUGACAGCCACCCAAGUCCUACAGAAACGACAGAUGGGCCGCCAGCACCACUCCCAACAUUUCGUUCGCCAUCAGAGAUCUUCGAGCUUUUUAUCGCGCUGCUGGGCCCUUCGAUGAAAUCUUUGGCGUACACCCUAUCAGAAAUCCUCAGGGAACAGGCUUUCGCUGAAGGGGCAGAUUCUACGGUAACAGUCAACCCCCAUUUCAAGCAUAGCUUGCAGGACGCCAUGAUGCUAUACAGCAACGCAAGGACAUAUGCCCUUCAAGAGCUUUACAACAGUAUUGAACUAGGCAGGGCACGAUCCGAAAAGAUCCAGGCAGAUAUUGAGGAGGUCGCUGCUGCCUGCGGACACUUCAGUUUUAGUCUGCAGAAUGUUGCCGAGGACAUCGACGCAUAUCUAACAGCCCUGGAAGAAUUGAAGUACGCCCGUGAAACGGGCUCUCGCAGCUGGAACUGGCUGAAGAUUUGGAGGUACUUCUCAUCGCCCGCAAAGCCCAAGGAGGCCGACCCAAACAAUCUAGACACCGAGCGCUUGCUGCAACAACCUAUGGAACCCGCCGAGCAGCCUGUGCGUGCUAUCAGGAAGUCAGCCGUGCCAAGAGGUAUCCCGGAUACUAUGAUCAAACAAAGAGAUACCUUCAGUUGGAACGCUGCGCCGAAUGCAAGCAGUAUCAUGAGAUUUGCUUCGCAGCAGCUUCUUAAAUAUUUGAGGGCCUUGGCGCGUGAUGACAUUCGAUUCGGUGUCAAAGUAGGCUUUGGUGCCAUGGUUUGGGCGGCCUGCGCCUUCAUUCCGGCAACAAGACCGACAUACCAGCACUGGCGCGGCGAAUGGGGUUUGCUAUCCUUCAUGAUUGUUGCGUCCAUGACGCUUGGAGCGGCCAACACCACUGGGACUGCGAGGUUCAUCGGCACAAUUGCUGGAGUCAGCUUUGCUAUUAUAGCCUGGGCCCUCAGCCAAGGAAAUGGCUUUAUUCUUGCAUUUUUGGGUUGGAUGGUCAGCUUUUUCAGCUUCUACAUGAUGUUGGUCAAGAGCAACGCUCCCUUUGGCAGGAUUACGCUUCUUUCCUGGAACGUCACUGUUCUCUACGCCUAUUCGUUAUCGCAAAAGGUAGACGAUGACGACGACGACGAGGGCGGCUCGAAUCCUCUCAUGUUCGAGAUCUGUUACCACAGAUUCGUCGCGGUCUCGCUGGGUAUUCUCUGGGGUAUCUUUGUUUGCCGCGCAAUCUGGCCCAUUUCAGGAAGGAGGAAGUUCAAGGAGGGCCUAUCGGUGCUCUACCUCCAGUUGGGGCUCAUUUGGAAGAGAGGCCCGCUAGCUAUACUUCUCAGGAGUGACAAUACAAGGUCGUACAUGAGGGCAGGCGAAGAGCAGGCGCUACAGCGUUACGCCUUCAAGCUCGAGGCUUUGCGAAGCGCUGCAAAAAGCGAAUUCGAACUUCGUGGCCCCUUCCCCGAUGCCGCUUACGCUCGCAUCAUGCAGUCCACCGGUAAAAUACUGGACGGCUUCCACGCCAUGCGGUUGGUGACCUCUAGAAGAGGCCAGCUGUCCGCUGGCGAAAGGGCGUUGCUUGAAUAUACGGCAUCAGAGCGGGCACAGCUUUGCGACCGCAUCUGCCACGUGUUCCAGGUGCUCGCCAGCUCUAUGAUGCUUGAGUACCCGCUUACCGACGCGAUCCCCUCGGUGGUGGGCAACAAGGACCGGCUGUUGGGCAAGAUUUAUCAGUUCCGGAAGAAUCACCAACCGCCGUCCCCUAAGAUCGGAAAUGGCGAGGAAGUACAGCCGCAGACCAGCGGCAACGGAUACAACGACCAGAUUACCAAGAACAAUGUGGUCGUGGAAGAAAAGGACUACGCGCUACUGUACGCAUACACCUUGGUCACAGCCCAGGUCGCGCAGGAACUGGAGUGCGUGCAGCGGGAGGUUGAGAACCUGUUUGGCGUCCUUCACACCGAGGCGUUUUUGCUGCAAUAA